ACUUUUUGAUUCUUGAGCGAGAGAAGCAGACUCGGACGGAGAGGCACCGUGGAGGGACUCACGAGCAGCAUGAGCAGCGCCAGUGGACAGACAAUCACAGUGUGUGGCAACGUGUUCCGGUACGUGGUGCAGCUGCAGCUUAUUCCCCUUGAAAUUGCGUCGUAAAACGAAGCGAUUUAGGCAAAAUCUUUGUUGAUUUAUGUUUGUGUUCGUGCAGCCUGGUAGAGACGAUCGGCCGCGGUUCCUACGGCACCGUACGCUAAGACAAACAUCACUUCAAACAAAAGAUAAUGCAGACUAAUUUCCAUCCGCUGGGUCGACGUUUUAGGUGCACAAGGCGAUCAAUUUGUCGUCUGGAGCAGCUGUAGCAGUCAAGAUGAUCGGCAAGGACAAAUUGCGACGGCCACAUGAACGUCAGAGCAUCGAAAAGGAGAUCGAGACCAUGCGCGUGGCUGUAGAGCAGUUCGAGAACGGCCACCCGCAUAUUGUCCGCCUGUUGUGCACUAAGGAAUCGCAGCAUCACAUCUUUAUCGUCCAGGAAUAUUGUGCUGGCGGAGAUAUUGCACAGCUGAUGAAGGCAAACAACGGCCUAACGGAAGAGCAGGCCCGACUUUAUAUGUCGCAGCUGGGUGAGUGAUUGAAAGCUGAGGCAGUGAGAUGCUGAAUAUUUGGCAUUUAACGUUAUGAUGCUGUAGCAUCUGGGCUGCAAUUUCUCCGCUCACAGAAUGUGGUGCAUCGGGAUCUGAAACCUGCCAAUUUGUUGCUGUCGUCGCGGAACAUGGCGACCGCCAAGUUGAAAAUUGGUGCGGGAACUUAAUGAAAUAUUGUGAGGAGUAUUUUGCUGACGUUUGUAUAUUUUGUAGCGGAUUUUGGGUUUGCGCGAGAGCUGGAGUCGGAGAUGAUGGCUGAGAGUGUCGUGGGCUCGCCGCUGUACAUGGCGCCGGAGUUGUUGGAGUACAAGAGCUACGACGCCAAAGCGGACUUGUGGUCGGUUGGAAUCAUCCUGUACGAGAUGCUGGUGAACGAGCACCCGUUCCUCGUUGUGGACAAGGUCCACGCGACCAAUCACCUGGCACUACGUCGGAAUAUUUACCGAUAUUUUGAGCGCUACGGCCGCGUUCGACUACCGACGAACGUCAAGGUCUCUCCUGAGUGUGAGCAGCUAGUGGAAGCGCUAUUACGGGUAGAUCCGCGCAAAAGAGUGUCGUUCGAAGAUUUCUUCCGUGCUCCGUUUCUGUUGCCACCGGCUCCGUCAGAUGCGGACACAGCUACAGACAAUGCGAAUUUGGAGAGCUCGGAGACGAAGCAGCCACUCGUGGCGGAGAAACAACCUGAAUACGAGGACUGGGCUACCUUCAGUGACGAAUAUGUGAUGGUGGAGAACGAGUAUGAAGACGUGGGUCGGAAGAUUCUGGACGGCCAGGACCUGAACGUGGAUUUGGAUGACAAGCAGCACACGAAAGAGCACGUUCCUGUCGUGGACACUGGCUCCACUAUAGUCGAUGGAGGCAUCGAGAUUAGGGACGUGGUGAUCGACACAUCUUCUCCUCGAAACGGGAAAAUCGCAACUGAUCCAGUGCCGACGGACAAGUUGUUGGAAACGAAGAUGCCGGACCGUGGAGUGAUUCCAGCAGCAAAGAACGACAAUUGGCUGGUCGGUGAGCGUCGUCAGUGGGUGACUGACGACAAUCGCCUUGAAGAACUUUUGGGCAUCUGCUACAAGAGCUUUUCGUGUGGCAGCGUGGCGCUGUUCGUUCCCACGCCAUUUGGCGACUAUAUUGCUUUCCACGAGGGGUGCCCGCACUAUUAUUUGUCAGAGGAAUCGAUCGCCGUUUCUAAGAAAGAUGACAGAAACCCUCCGUAUGUUCUUGGACAUAUUGUCUACAUUGAAGACCAUGAAACGACUGAUAAAUUGAACCCGUACUGUCUUCGUGAAGGAACCAAGUACCACGUGGUGUCUGUCACUCCGCUGGCCACUUCAUCUCACGAUGCCAAUGGCAGUUUGGGGACGGCGGACAGCUCGUCUGCUUCUGAUGAAUUGCCGCUCUCGCAGGUCCUCACAGGACGCACAGUGGUCAGUGAUGUCGAGGAAAAUGGAUUGCAUGGGGUUACAAGUGACCAACCUUCAGCUGAGGUUUGUCACGGUCAGACUGAGCACCAACGGAUAUCGUUCCGUAGCUUCCAGAUCAGUUCGCUGGCGUUGUUUUUCCUGAAGGGAGGGAAGUUGCCGUACGUGGCUUUCAAUGAAGGAGCUCCGAAUUAUUAUUUGGCAAACGAGUCGAUUCAAGCAGCGAUUUUGGGUGUGGGCAGCGACCGCACACCGCCCGCAUACAUUUGCGGCGAGAUUAUCUUCAUCGAUACUUUCCAGGCGACGGAGGUAAGGAGAUUUUAUUUUUUUCUGGUAGGGGCUGUAUUGAUUUGAGUGUCUUUGCCAGGAUUUUAACCCAUACCGCCUGCCGUACGGAACCCGAUUCCAUGUUGUGACGGUCGCAAACCCGAAGAGGACGUAGCUGAUAAAUGCAGCAAAUUAAAUGGCAAUAUGUUGGCAGUGCAUACAAGCUGAAAGAAGGUUAACGUAGGUGAUACAUUGCGUGCACACACCUUGAUUUAGGAUACUGCAAGUACGAAGUAUUAGUUGGCUACUGAAAAGUAAUCGAAUUUACAAAAAAAUACUGAUUCGCAAGGGGUU